AUGUUUUGUUUUAAGGCAAGGCGUCACACUACCACUCACCUCGCUGUAGAUUCAGGACCAAUCCCUUGUCUCGCUUGGUCUACCAAAUGCUGGGAUUACAGGUGUGUGCCCAGGCUCAGCUUUAAUACCCAUGUGACUCUGCAGCCCUCAGCCUGCUCUGCUCCCUUCCCUGCCCAUCUAGACUUCCCCUCUUUUCCAUCCACUGAAUGUCUUUUAGACCCUCACCCAAGAGAUAGCAGUCUGUUCCUGCCUGAAGACACCUCACUUAGGGCCUGAAACACCUUGUCCGCUGGAGGACCCUGGCAAUGGUCCUGGUUGGGGGCCUAUGGAAGCUUCUGUCCUUGAUCCCAGGUCCAUGGAGUCUACCUCCUGGCUAGAUAGGAUCAGAAAGUGAUGUUUAUUAGGCAGGAGUGGCUUCUUUUGUUCUUUAAAUGUCAGUCACUAAUUUUUUUAUUCAAUCUGGUGGGCCUCUCUGGAUCUCUAGUUCUGCAUCAACUACUCAAUUCUGUUUAGUGUGACAGCAGCAGAGGGCAACAAGGAUAUGACCGAGCAGCAGAUGUGUCCUUUAACCCUGAUCAGGGUGUUUCCCAUGGAAUAGUAUUGGUGCCCAUCCCCCCAGAGUGUCUUCAAGAGUACUGUGAGAGCUGCAUAUCCCCAGGCAGUAGUGGGACCUGGAGGGGCAAAGAAGGAGUCAGAGAUGAGAAGAAAGAGGAAGUGAGGGAGAGGAGUCUGGAGGCCUCAGGGACACUGGGGGCCGUCUCAAGGUAGAGGAGAGGCACAGGAAAUGACUACAGCCAGUAUUCAGGGCCACCUACUUUGGUGAGCUCAUGUUUAGUGAGGACCACUCAGAAGUGACUCUGGGCGGAGCACUGGGUGUGGACUGGCCUAGUAUAAAUUUCUCUCACUCUGGUUGCAGGCCUCAGUAGCUCAAGGUGAAGGCACCAACCUCAUUCUCUUUCUUUACUCUGUUCCCAAGGGAAUCUGAAGGUUCAGUUGGUGCUCCAGUCAUCAGCUCCAGUGGCAUCAGAGUCUCGGGAAGGACCAUGGCAAAGGGAGCAACCAGCAAGAACAAUCAUUCUCUGAGCCUGUGCUUUGUAAUUCUGCUGAGCCAUCUGGGGGCCACACUGGCAGAUGGCACAGACUCUCUAAGUUGCAACUUCAUUGUCAAGUAUCGAAGCUCACCUGGACAGUGCUCAGUGAACGGAAAUCCUGUCCUUCAUCUUGGUGAUGGAAAACAGGAGGGAAAUGCCACUGAUCUGUGUCCUCCUUUGUCCAAAAGCCUGGAAGAGACUUUCGAAGGGCUGUGGAAACUGCAGUCAGGUAAUGACGCCUUGAACGUCACCAUACAAUCUCAAUAUAAACAAGGAAAUUUCACUGAUGGACACUGGGCCAUAAACAUUGAUGAGAAGUAUAGCAUCUACUUUUAUCCAUCUAAUGAGACGUGGAGAGAGAGUCAUUCUGAUGCCAGCAGUGUCUCGGAACUGUGGAAAAACAAGAAGGAAGUAGAACAUGAGUUCAUUAAAUUCUCCAAAUUAGAUGUCUGUGACUGCCUCAACGAAUUGUGGCCACACUCCAGAGAAAUGCCAAGAUCAACAAUGAAGGCGCUGGAUACCACCCAGCCUACAUAUGCUCCUCAGAUUCAUCCUACAGCUAACAUUACCCAGCAUACAUCUGGUAUCCACAAUGAACCUACACUGAAUAUCACCCAAAAUAAUUCUUCCACCCAGAGUCUGAGUAUCACCUGGACAAUAAUUCUAGGUAUAGGAGGAGCUAUCCUAAUCAUCAUCAUCAUCAUCAUCAUCAUUUUCUUAUUUUCUCGGUAUAUGAUGAAGAAAAAAAAAGGUGCUCCCUGCUGCUCCUCUUCCUCGGCAGAUCUCAUUGCCAGCUAUAAUUGGGUGACUCUUCAACAUAUUCCUGUGGUGUCUCCAGCAAAGGAAACGCAUUUCUGAUGACAUCUCAGAAAUCUGUGCAGUUGAGUUCCAACCAGACUGGGGGGAACCCAUGAGACUGGUGCCUCUCAAAGCCUCAUGCACCAGGGCUUCAGAGUGCACCAGGCUGUUGCUUUAGGGACUUCCUCUUGCUCUCUGUUUCUCUACUCUCUCACUCUUACAUAAUAGCAUGGUGGAGAUCAAACUAGGCACAACUCUAAAUUACUGAUCACUGUACACAACAAGGGCUUGCCCUGGAUCACUAUGUUUUACAAGCAGCAGUUGGUUCCCUUCUGAGUGCAAUGCUGACGUGGGGUGACAUGACACCUCACUUUCCACACAGACACAAGUCAGCCCAGCACCAUCCAUGAUGGAAGGUUAACAAUUACUUUAAUCCCCAAAGUAAAAAUCUGUCGCCUCUACACAUAUCAAACUAGGUUUGUAGCAAUGAGCCCAUGUGCAGAUCAAAACCAUAUCAGAAACCAGGUCUGAGGGUCUAACAUACCCUCACCUGGACCCCUGAAGAGGCCACCUAACACUGCAAGGUCAAUGGCUCCCAUAAACUUGCCCCCUGGAUGUCCUGCCUGCAAAUGGAAGAUUCCUGACCAUCUUAAGGCUUCAGCUCCAUCCACACUGCUAAUGCCUCCUGCUUGAAUCACUGGCUGACAGUUCAUCUGCUGCUCCAUGCUAAUGUGGGUCUGCAUCUCCCCUGCUGGAUCCUGGGGUCCUCUACCUCUCCUCUGCCGUUCACUCAGUCCUGAGGCCUGGUGCAGCCCUGCAGCCCUGCAGCUCUCCACUGCCUUCCUUAACAGCUCUCUAACCACCUGCAUGGAGCCUGUCUGUGGGACUAGGAUCCUCUGUCUCCGCCUCCAGUCUGGUCUCCGUGAACUCUAAUGGCAACUCAUUCACUCUUUAAUGCCGUUCUGUGAUCUAAGUACAUAGGAUAACUGUGUGGUGUACAAUGUGUGAUCUGAGAGUUUGUCUAGUAUUUACGACUGGAGUAAAAGGACAAGGGGCUGGCCAGUUGUCAUAGGUACUUAGGAUGAUAUGGCAAUUAAAGCCAGCGCAUAGGAUGGAGAUAGUAAAUUAAGGCACAUAUAUGAGCCCCUGUUUUCCUGGUGUAGCUCACACACUCAGGAUUUCACUCACAAUAUUAUAACUGUCUAGUGAGUAAAGUGUCCAUUGGCAAAAAAAGCAGAAAUACACAAUAGUUUUAAACAAAAGAAAUGUUGGAAGAAAUUCAUCAUCCCUUCCAAACCCUGUUCAACAGAGACUGAGCUUGCUCUGUAGGCUCAUAGCCUGUCUCACAGCACCGUGUAAUCUCACUGUUCACAGUGAGAUCUAAAUGGUGUGUUAGGAAGAGAGGAGCGUUCCAUUCAUCCUCUGAGGAGCAUGGUUAGCAAAAAUAAAUAAGAAAGCAGAAAGAGAAGUGAGUAGGUCUCAGAUCACACAUCUAUGAAUAUUAAUGUAUACAACAGGAAUAUCGAAUAUAUACUGUCCGUAUUAAUGUAUACAACGGGGAUAUCGGAUAUAUGCUGUCCAUAAGAAAACUAAGAAAAAACGUUAAUGUCUGUAAGGAAAAUGAAUAACAGACUAAGGGAAAGCUAAACCCUAAAAUGGUGCUCCCUCUUGGGACACACAAGACCCCAGAGCCCGCGUAUGAACACGUGACAGUAACAGUCCUAGACUAGUCGGCACUGCCAUGCCAGGAACUACCAGGGGGCAGGGUAUAGGCAUAGAAAUGUUACAUUCAGUGACUGAAAAUUAUAUAUGCGUUUUAGAAGAACAAGGGACAAAGAGACAACUUGGUCAUAUAGUGCUUGUCCCUUACAAGCAUGAAGACCUGAAUUCCCUCUUCAGAACCCAUGCACAGUGUGGUAGCACUUGAUUGUCAUCCCAGAGCAGGAGACAGAGAGAGAGAGAAGAGCAUCUCUCAGGUUCCUUCAUCAAUCAGAGGAGUUGAAUUGGUGAGUUCCAGUGCAGACUGUCUCAAAACACAGUGUGCAUGGAUGGCAUCCUGAGGAGUGACAUCCAAAGAUAAUGUGUAGUUUCCAUACAUCUGAGUAUAUUAACAAGCAUGCACACAUGUGUAUAUACAUAUAUGAAAAAGAUAGCCUCUGUGGACCCAACCUUAGCUAGUGACUUCUCCAGAGGUAAUGUUCCUGAGAGGGAAUUGCCAUUUUUCAUACUAGUUAUGCGAUAUUACUUGGCCUUGACUUCUGGGCCAUUUUAUGUUCGUAUUUUAAUAGGUAAGAGGAAAACAGCUCACAUCUUCCUAGUUAAUAGCUUUCAUAGAACUAUUGUUCAACUACUGUCCUUGGGUUCCAGGGUUGGGUAGGAUUGUGAGUUAUCAUGAGGAACUGAAUGGCACUCCAAGCAGGAGAUUCUGGUUGUUAAAAGAGAAUGUUUUGAUUUUAUUGUGAAGGGAGGGACUCCUUGAGUCUGUAAUGCUGCCCUGACAGAUGGGCAGAUCAUGUCGUGGAUAAAUGAGGCAGAUGCUUUCCUCUUGGGAGGGCUCUGUUGCUGAGAAUGAAUAUUGAGAGCCCUGUCUGGGGAUGCUGAGGUCUCAUAGGGUCAUAACACCCUAACAUUUAAGGAGAGAUUGGACUACAAUUUUGAGAGGCAAGGGUGGUUGUUGCAUGAAGUUGGAGGUCAGACUUUGACAUCACUCAGAGCCUAAGUGUUCCUCAGUGCUGACAAAUAGUUGUUGGUGUAGAUGGUAGUGAUAGAAAGCCCUGCUACAACGCUAUCUCCAUCGUAGUGCCUUCUUAUCUAAAGGAUAUAAAUCAUACUGAAAGAUUAAGUGAGACCAGCCAAAACCACCGCAGAAUUAAAACAAGGAGUAUGUUGUGAUCAGCAAAAAGAAUUGUAACUCACAGUGAUUAAAGGGGAGAACAUCCUUUUAGGUUUCAGGACAGGCAGGAGGUAUGAUAUUAGUGACUGAGGAGGAGAAGAAACCCCAGAAAUGUAUAAGUAAGGGAUUUAUUGCAUGACAUAAGAACCUCAGAUUAAAUCCUGUUGUAAUUUAGUUUUCUUGUUUUCCUGGAAAGUAUAAAACCCUGACCACAGCAAACCUCCCCAUGUUUUGUGUUUUACAAGUGCCUUUAGAUGUACAAUGUUGUCAAGUCUUACAUUAUCAGUGGUUAUGUGCCUUUUGAUACCCAGCUUCAAUAGCCUGGUGACUUUAUUCAUGUAAUACUGAUUUUUCCUUUGUUCUUCACAAUUUCAAUGUGUUAGAUUUGCUUGCAUCCCAUGAAUUAAAAGAAAUUUGAACUA